AUCAUCUGAAAAGGUAUAUCUGUACCAUAUAUACCGAUAACUCUUCAUAAAAAUAUAAUUUAAGCCGUGAAUCGUCAGUUACUACCUAUAGUGAGGUUAUUAUUGUAUUUUUCGCUGUUGCGGUAUACCUAGUCAAAUAUACCUACUUUUUGUGAAGUAGGUAUCGCGCUUUCUCUAGCAAGUACAGCUUGAGAAAAAUGAAGCUGUUGAAUUUGUUAUUGGUAUUCCAAAGCGUACUUUUAUACUCGGAAUGUGCAUUGCCAAAAAAAACAUUGGAAUGGUGGCAAACAUCUCUUAUAUACCAGAUAUACCCCAGAUCGUUCAAAGACAGUGAUGGUGACGGGGUCGGUGAUCUUAAAGGAAUUAGCCAAAAAUUAACAUACCUCAAAAACCUCGGAGUUGAAGCAAUAUGGCUCUCUCCUAUAUGCGCUUCUCCUAUGGUUGAUUUCGGGUACGAUAUUUCAAAUUACAGAGAAAUAGAGCCUGUUUUCGGAACUAUGGAAGAUUUUGAAAAUUUACUAAGAAAAGCUCAUCAUAAAGGUUUAAAAGUGAUCCUCGAUUAUGUUCCCAAUCACACCAGCGAUAAGCACGAUUGGUUCCAAAAAUCAGUUAAAAAGAUUAAACCCUACACGCAUUAUUACAUUUGGAAGAACGCAAAAUACGUGAAAGGAAAACGACAUCCUCCAAAUAAUUGGAUUUCAGCUUUCGGUAAAAGUGCUUGGGAAUGGAAUGAAGAAAGAGGCCAGUAUUAUUUACAUCAAUUUGCAGUUCAGCAACCUGAUUUAAACUAUCGUAAUCCAGUCGUCUACGAAGAAAUGAAGAAUAUUUUAACUUACUGGUUAGACAAAGGAGUCGAUGGAUUUCGUUUAGAUGCUGUAAAUUAUUUAUACGAAGAUAAAAACUAUCCCGAUGAACCUUUAUCAAACAAACCGAAUGUUGCGCCAGAAGAAUACGAUUAUCUCGAUCAUAUAUAUAGCGUAAACCAAGAAGAAACCUUUCGAGUACUGCAGGACUGGAGAGCUAUUUUAGAAAAAUAUUCUAAACGCGGAAGGAAAAGAUUCAUGAUGUCGGAAGCUUACGCUGACCUCAACACAGUGAUGAGAUUUUAUGGCACGAAAGAAGAACCCGCUGCGCAUCUACCAUUCAAUUUUCUGCUCAUCGAUACCGUUAAACGAUCGAGUAACGCCACUCACGUAGCACAACAAAUACAAUCGUGGUACUCAAAAAUGCCCUCACAUGGAUGGGCAAACUGGGUGAUAGGAAAUCACGACAAUUCAAGACCUGCCAGCAGAUAUGGCCAAUACUUGAUAGAUGGGUUGCAUAUGAUCCAGCUACUUCUUCCUGGAACACCUAUCGUAUAUAACGGCGACGAGCUCGGCAUGGAAGAUACAUUUAUACGGUGGGAUCAGACAGUAGAUCCACGAGCAUUAUACGCUGGGCCUUAUCGAUAUCUGGAAUUUUCUCGAGAUGUAUGCAGAACACCUUUUCACUGGGAUGACUCAGAAAAUGCAGGAUUCACGACUGGAUUGAAUACAUGGUUACCAGUGAAUCCAGGUUAUUGGAAAGUGAACGUGCAAGAGCAGAGCAAAAUAUCGAAUCGUAUAACGCAUUUGCAGGUGUUUAAAGAGCUAGCCCGUUUAAGAAAAAAUAUCGUUUUUCAAAAAGGCGACUUUCACAUGGAUGUAAUUGACGAAUGGAUUCUAGUAUUUGUCAGAACAUUUGUCGAUCAUUCCACAUUCAUUGUUACGGUCAAUUUCGGAAGUGAGAUCAUAAUUACUGAUUUGCAAAAAAUACGUCCAUCGUUACCCGAUACUUUAAAAGUGGUUAUACCAAGUGUCAAUUCUGAUCAUUACAUUGGGGAAGUAAUAUCCACAAAUAAGAUUAAACUCCGGCCAAAAGCAGGAAUAGUGAUGACUACCAGUGAAGUUGACAUGGAAACUGACGAUAAUAUGAAUAAUUCUGAAAUAUCGACCACAACUUCCCCGAUAUCAACUUCUACAAAAGGCUUGAAUAACAGCGAAACCAAUUACGAUGAUGACUUGUAAAGUCACGUAGGUCCCUGAGAAUACCUAUACCUACCUACACAAGUUUCGAAGAAAUUAAAUUUCUCUCAUCAAAUAAGUUAGUACCUAACUCAACUGAUUUAUAGUACCUAUAAAAUAAAUGUACAGAAUAAUAGAUUACGUAAUAUAAAAUUAAUAAAAUUAUUACUUAUCGACUUAAACUAA